AUGUCAAAAAGAGAUGGAGAUGGCUUCGUUGUGAAGUUUGUAGAAGUCAAUGGACAAAAGACAGACCUUGCUGUCAAGGCCUAUGAGGUGAGUGCCACUUUGAUUAUGAUACCAGUGUCCAUGACUAACCACUAACAUUUGAUAGUAAAAUGGUCAUGCUUUUUGUUUCUCCAGCAGUGUUUGUUAUUGAAAUUAAUAAUAUUUAUUCUCCUUCUGAAACAGGCCAUCAUGGCGCUCCAGUCAGAGAAUUACUUGAAGAACAUUGAUGAGGAGACUGCAUUACAGAUGGACCAUAAUGACAAGUCUCUAUUCGUCUUCAGUACCUUUUCCACCCUAGCCUUCCACCACUGCACAAAGGUCUGUCUCAAGACGCACAUUUUCCCAAACCUGGCUUCUACCUACAGUGAGGGGAAAAAAGUAUUUGAUUCUCUGCUGAUUUUGUACGUUUGCCCACUGACAAAGAAAGGAUCAGUCUAUAAUUUUAAUGGUAGGUUUAUUUGAACAGUGAGAGACAGAAUAACAACAACAAAAUCCAGAAAAACGCAUGUCAAAAAUGUUAUAAAUUGAUUUGCAUUUUAAUGAGGGAAAUAAGUAUUUGACCCCCUCUCAAUCAGAAAGAUUUCUGGCUCCCAGGUGUCUUUUAUACAGGUAACGAGUUGAGAUUAGGAGCACACUCUUAAAGGGAGUGCUCCUAAUCUCAGCUUGUUACCUGUAUAAAAGACACCUGUCCACAGAAGCAAUCAAUCAAUCAGAUUCCAAACUCUCCACCAUGGCCAAAACCAAAGAGCUCUCCAAGGAUGUCAGGGACAAGAUUGUAGACCUACACAAGGCUGGAAUGGGCUACAAGACCAUCGCCAAGCAGCUUGGUGAGAAGGUGACAACAGUUGGUGCGAUUAUUCGCAAAUGGAAGAAACACAAAGGAACUGUCAAUCUCCCUCGGCCUGGGCUCCAUGCAAGGUCUCACCUCGUGGAGUUGCAAUGAUCAUGAGAACAGUGAGGAAUCAGCCCAGAACUACACGGGAGGAUCUUGUCAAUGAUCUCAAGGCAGCUGGGACCAUAGUCACCAAGAAAACAAUUGGUAACACACUACGCCGUGAAGGACUGAAAUCCUGCAGCGCACGCAAGGUCCCCCUGCUCAAGAAAGCACAUAUACAGGCCCGUCUGAAGUUUGCCAAUGAACAUCUGAAUGAUUCAGAGGAGAACUGGGUGAAAGUGUUGUGGUCAGAUGAGACCAAAAUCGAGCUCUUUGGCAUCAACUCAACUCGCCGUGUUGGGAGGAGGAGUAAUGCUGCCUAUGACCCCAAGAACACCAUCCCCACCGUCAAACAUGGAGGUGGAAACAUUAUGCUUUGGGGGUGUUUUUCUGCUAAGGGGACAGGACAACUUCACCGCAUCAAAGGGACGAUGGACGGGGCCAUGUACUGUCAAAUCUUGGGUGAGAACCUCCUUCCCUCAGUCAGGGCAUUGAAAAUGGGUUGUGGAUGGGUAUUCCAGCAUGACAAUGACCCAAAACACACGGCCAAGGCAACAAAGGAGUGCCUCAAGAAGAAGCACAUUAAGGUCCUGAAGUGGCCUAGCCAGUCUCCAGACCUUAAUCCCAAAGAAAAUCUGUGGUGGGAGCGGAAGGUUCGAGUUGCCAAACGUCAGCCUCAAAACCUUAAUGACUUGGAGAAGAUCUGCAAAGAGGAGUGGGACAAAAUCCCUCCUGAGAUGUGUGCAAACCUGGUGGCCAACUACAAGAAACAUCUGACUUCUGUGAUUGCCAACAAGGGUUUUGCCACCAAGUACUAAGUCAUGUUUUGCAGAUGGGUAAAAUACUUAUUUCCCUCAUUAAAAUGCAAAUCAAUUAAUAAUAUUUUUGACAUGCGUUUUUCUGGAUUUUGUUGUUGUUAUUCUGUCUCUCACUGUUCAAAUAAACCUACCAUUAAAAUUAUAGACUGUUCAUGUCUUUGUCAGUGGGCAAAUGUACAAAAUCAGCAGGGGAUCAAAUACUUUUUUCCCUCACUGUACUUAUCCUCACAUGUCACAACGUGUUAAGAACACUGUCAGCAUUCGGCGAUGAAGUGUACUGAAAAAUAAUCAGUAGUGUAAAACUGUGUUUGUCUCUGUGAAUAGUUGGGCUGUCGAGUGGUGAGUCCACUAGUGGUGCUCUUCUGCCUUCAGCAGCAGCGCUGUGUGCCCAAAGCAGAGCAGCCUGUCUACAACAUGGCCAUGGCUGAUGUCACCAUCUCCUGCACCAGUCUGGACAAGGAGGCUAGGGUAAAUCCAUUGCGUUCCCCUUUACUCUGCUUGACUCGUCAACAAUGAUGCCAAGUGUUUUUGAUGCCAAUUAUGUAAUUAAUCCACAUCAAUGGCCUUACAGGGGAACUCUUGAAAAUAGAACCAGAGCGUAAUUUUACACUGAGCAGUGCGAGCCUCUUACGGAGCCGUGCUGCUUAGGUCCAGGUUACAUUGAAAUGAAUGGGAGCGUCUCACGCCCAGAAAAGGUUACGCAUCCAAUGUAGCAGGCCUGUUAGUGACUCUGUGUGUCUGUCUCUGUACUUCCAGGCUGACGUGAUGGAUCUGGUGCAGCUGAUGGGUGGGCGGGUCUAUCGGGACCUUAACGUGUCUGUCACUCACCUGAUUGCCGGGGAGGUGGGCAGCAAGAAGUACCUGGUGGCCGCCAGCCUAGGGAAGCCCAUCUUGCUGCCCACUUGGGUCAAAACCUGCUGGGAGAAAUCACAGGACAGGUAAUAGCGCUUUUUAUGCCUUUCUCAUUUAGCCAGAGACAUUAAUGAAAAGCUAUGUCUGUAAUCAACCAAUGAUAUAGCAAGUAUGUUAAAAGUGUACAUCUAGUUUCAAAUUGUAUUAGUCAUAUGUACGGGAUACACAUGGUAUACAACAUCCAACGAAAUGCUUACUUGCAGGUUCCUUCUCGACAAUGCAACAACAAUAAGAAAUAAUAAAAUAUAAGAAUACUAACAAAGUAAAUAGCUCAGAAAAAAACACUGAACAACAAUAUAAGCGCAACAUGUAAAUUGUUGGUCCCAUGUUUCAUGAGCUGAAAUAAAAUAUCCCAGAAAUGUUCCAUACGCACAAAUAAAACAAUGUUGUGCACAAAUUAGUUUACAUCCCUGUUAGUGAGCAUUUCUCCUUUGCCAAGAUAAUCCAUCCACCUGACAGGUGUGGCAUAUCAAGAAGCUGAUUAAACAGCAUGAUCAUUGUGCUGGGGACAAUAAAAGGCCACUCUAAAAUGUGCAGAUUUGUCACACAACACCAUGCCACAGAUGUCUCAAGUUCUGAGGGAGCGUGCGAUUGGCAUGCUGACUGCAGGGAUGCCCCCCAGAGCUGUUGCCAGAUAAUUUUAUGUUAAUUUCUCUACCAUAAGCCGCCUCCAACGUCGUUUUAGAGAAUUUGGCAGUAUAUCCAACCGGCUUCACAACCGCAUACCACGUGUAACUACACAUUUACAUUACAUUUACAUCAUUUAGCAGAUGCUCUUAUCCAGAGCGACUUACAAAUAGGUGCAUUCACCUUAUAGCCAGUGGGUUAACCACUUUACAAUGUUUUUUUAUUUAUUUAUAUAAUUUAGUUGUUUAUUAUUAUUAUUAUGGGGUAGAAGGAUUACUUUAUCCUAUCCCAGGUAUUCCUUAAAGAGGUGGGGUUUCAAAUGUCUCCGGAAGGUGGUGAGUGACUCCGCUGUCCUGGCGUCGUGAGGGAACUUGUUCCACCAUUGGGGUGCCAGAGCAGCGAACAGUUUUGACUGGGCUGAGUGGGAACUGUGCUUCCGCAGAGGUAGGGGAGCCAGCAGGCCAGAGGUGGAUGAACGCAAUGCCCUCGUUUGGGUGUAGGGACUGAUCAGAGCCUGAAGGUACGGAGGUGCCAUUCCCCUCACAGCUCCGUAGGCAAGCACCAUGGUCUUGUAGCAGAUGCGAGCUUCAACUGGAAGCCAGUGGAGUGUGCGGAGGAGCGGGGUGACGUGAGAGAACUUGGGAAGGUUGAACACCAGACGGGCUGCGGCAUUCUGGAUGAGUUGUAGGGGUUUAAUGGCACAGGCAGGGAGCCCAGCCAACAGCGAGUUGCAGUAAUCCAGACGGGAGAUGACAAGUGCCUGGAUUAGGACCUGUGCCGCUUCCUGUGUAAGGCAGGGUCGUACUCUCCGAAUGUUGUAGAGCAUGAACCUACAGGAUCGGGUCACCGCCUUGAUGUUAGCGGAGAACGACAGGGUGUUGUCCAGGGUCACGCCAAGGCUCUUCGCACUCUGGGAGGAGGACACAACGGAGUUGUCAACCGUGAUGGCGAGAUCAUGGAACAGGCAGUCCUUCCCCGGGAGGAAGAGCAGCUCCGUCUUGCCAAGGUUCAGCUUGAGGUGGUGAUCCGUCAUCCAUACUGAUAUGUCUGCCAGACAUGCAGAGAUGCGAUUCGCCACCUGGUUAUCAGAAGGGGGAAAGGAGAAGAUUAGUUGUGUGUCGUCAGCGUAGCAAUGAUAGGAGAGGCCAUGUGAGGAUAUGACAGAGCCAAGUGACUUGGUGUAUAGCGAGAAUAGGAGAGGGCCUAGAACUGAGCCCUGGGGGACACCAGUGGUGAGAGCACGUGGUGCGGAGACAGCUUCUCGCCACGCCACAUGGUAGGAGCGACCGGUCAGGUAGGACGCAAUCCAGCCCAGGACCUCCACAUCUGCAUUCUUCAUCUGCGGGAUCGUCUGAGACCAGACACCCGGACAGCUGAUGAAACUUGGUUUGCACAACCAAAGAAUCUCUGCACAAACUGUCAGAAAGUGCCUCAGGGAAGCUCCUCUGCGUGCUCAUCGUCCUCACCAGGGUCUUGACCUGACUGCAGUUCAGCUUCGUAACCGACUUCAGUUAGCAAAUGCUCACCUUCGAUGGCCACUGGCACGCUGGAGCAGUAUGCUCUUCACGAAUGAAUCCCGGGUUUCAACUGUACCGGGCAGAUGGCAGGCAGCGUGUAUGGCGUUGUGUGGUUGAGAGGUUUGCUGAUGUCAACGUUGUGAACAGGGUGCCCUAUGUUGGCGAUGGGGUUAUGGUAUGGGCAGGCAUAAGCUAUGGACAACGAACGCAAUUGCAUUUUAUUGAUGGCAGUUUGAAUGCACAUAGAUUCCGUGAUGAGAUCUUGAGGCCCAUUGUUGUGCCAUUCAUCUGCCAGCAUCACCUCAUGGUUUAGCAUGAUGAUGCACAGCCCCAUGUCGCAAGAAUCUGUACAUAAUUCCUGGAAGCUGAAAAUGUCCCAGUUCUUCCAUGGCCUGCAUACUCACCAGACAUGUCACCCUCUGGAUUGACGUGUAUGACGGGGUGUUCUCCUUCCCGCCGAUAUCUAGUAACUUCGCACAGCCAUUGAAGAGGAGUGGGACAAAAUUCCACGGGCCACAAUUAACUGCCUGAUCAACUCUAUGCGAAGGAGAUGUCGUGCUGCAUGAGGCAAAUGGUGGUCACACCAGAUACUGACUGGUUUCCUGAUCCACGCCCCCACCUCUUUUUUUUUUCUUCAGUUUUUUUUGUGUCUUUGACCAACAGUCAUGUGAAAUCCAUAGAUUAGUGCCUAAUUAAUUUAUUUCAAGUGAUUGAUUUCCUUCUAUGAACUGUAACUUUGUAAUUGUUGCAUUUAUAUUUUUGUUCAGUGUAUAUAAUACCAUUUUUAGCAUAAGUAUAAUACAGGAAGGCACAAUUUAAAGUCCAGUAUUUACACGUGUUUUGGGGAAGGGGGGGAUUGGGUGGCAGGUGUUUACAUUUUGCAGUAUUUAGCAAUCAUAAUAAGAGUCUGGUAGCAGCAGUUGUGUUUGUGUGUGAGUGAGUGCAUGUGUGCUAAGGUGCGGAGAAUCAGCAGGUGGUCAGUUCAAGUGUUCAGCAGUCUGACGGCUUGAAGAUCUCUGAGCCUGUUAGUAUCAGACAUCAUGCUCCGAUACCGUCUAGCCGACCGUAAGGGUGUGAACAGCUUGUGGCUGGGGUGUGUGGGGUCCUUGAUGAUGCUGCAGGCCUUCCUCAGGCACCGUGGUGUCGUCAGCAAACUUGAUGAUGGAGUUGGACUGAGGACACGCCCCUGUGUUAAGAGUUCGUUUGGGGGAGGUGUUGUUGCCAAUCCUCACAGCCAGUGGUCUGCCCGUCAGGAAGUCCAGGAUCCAGUUGCAGAGGGUAGUGUCCAGACCCAGGGCUCUGAGCUUGGUGUUGAGCUUGGAGGGAACAAUAGCGUUGAAUGCUGAACUGUAGUCAAUGAACAGCAUUCUCGCAUAGGUGUUCCUCUUGUCCAGAUGUGUUACGGCCGUGUGAAUAGCGAUGGAAAUGGCAUCUUCCAUGGAGCGGUAGGCAAAUUGGAGUGGGUCCUGUGUCCCUGACAUGCUGGCCUUGAUGUGGGCCAUGACCAACCUCUCAAAGCACUUCAUGAUGACUGGGGUGAGUGAGACAGGGCGAUAGUCAUUUGGGCAUGUCACAUUGUUUUUCUUGGGCUCUGGGACAAUGGUGGUGUCCUUGAAGGAGGUGGGGACUACAGCCUGGGACAGGUUGAAGAUGUCAGAGAAGACACCCGCCAACUGGUCAGCAAUGCCAUCUGGGCCGGCGGCUCUGAGUAUUCACUCUUUAAAAAAAAAAAAAAAAGAGUUUUCCUCACGUCAGCCUCGGAGAGAGAAAGCACUUGGUCGUCCGGAACAGCGAUAGCCUUCUAGGAUGGCUCGGUAUUGUCUGCCUCGAAGCAGCAAUAUAAUGUGUUAAGCUCGUCUGGGAGGGAGGCUUCGGUGGGCACCACACACCUGGGUUUGCCUUUGUAGUCUGUGAUAGUCUGUAGUCCUUGCCACAUGCGUUGCGAGUCUGAUUUGUCGAACAUCAAUUCAAGUUUGAGUCUGUAUUGUCUUUUUGCAUCCCUAAUGGAUUUGCGGAGCUCUUGCCUUGUACGCGUCACCGGGGUUCGUUCUGCUGACAUUGAAUGCUGCAGUACAGGCUCUCAGCAUGGUACGGAUAUCUCUGUUCAUCCAGGAUUUUUGAUUGGGGUAUGUCCAGAUUGUUAUUGUGGGUACAUCAUCAUCAACACAUUUCCUAAUGAAGCCUGUGACUGACGAUGUAUAUUCCUCAAUGUUGAUGAAUGAGUCCUGGUUGGAUGAAUCUUUUAACAUAUGUCAAUCAGUAUUCUCAAAACAGUCCUGCAGCAUUGAGUCUGCCUCCUCUGUUCAGUGCCUUACUAUUCUCUGUAUUGAUGGCUCUCUCUUGAGUUGCUGCUUGUAGGUGGGGAGUAGGAACAGAGACGUGAUCUGAUUGGCCAAAGUGGGGGCGUGUGUUGGCUUUGUAUUCGUCACAGAUGUUUGUAUAUACAUGGUCCAACACAUUGUUUCCUAUUGUGGGGCAGGAUACAUGUUGGUGAUGUUUUGGAAAAAAUGUGUUUUAAACGUGCUUGGUUAAAGUCGCCAGCAACGGCCUCCCGAGUGGUGCAGCGGUCUAAGGCGCUGCAUCGAAGUGUUGCGGCGUCACUACAGCCUGGGGUUUGAUCCCAGGUUGUGUCAUUACCGGCCGUGACUGGGAGUCCCAUAGGGUGGCGCACAAUUGGCCUAGCGUCAUCCGGGUUAGGGGAGGUUUUGGCAGGGGAGGCUUUACUUGGCUCAACGCACUAGCGACUCCUUGUGGCGAGCCGGGGGCCUGCAGGCUGACUUCGGUCAUCAGGUGUUUCCUCCGACACAUUGGUGCGGCUGGCUUUCAGGUUAAGCGAGCGGGAGUUAAGAAGCGCGGUUUGGCGAGUCAUGUUUCGGAGGACGCAUGACUCGACCUUUGCCUCUCCCGAGCCCGUUGGGGAGUUGCAGCGAUGAGACAAGAUCGUAAUCACGAAAUUGGGGAGAAAAGGGGGGUAAGAAUUACAACAACAACAAAAAAUUCCAGUGAAAAUAAAGAGGAUUCUUGCUGGCUAAUGAUCUUGUACAGUUCGCUGAGUGCCGCCUUGGUGUUUGCUUGUGGCGGUAUAACACACAGCUGUGAUAAAACACGUGAAUUCCCUCUCCAUAUAGUGGGGUUUGCAUUUUAGCAUCACAUUCCAGGUCGGGUGAAAAGGAGCUCGAGAUGCUUUCAACUUCGGUACACCAGGAAUUGUUGAUAAGGAAACAUAUCCCUCCCCCCUACUCUUACAGAAGCCGCCGUUCGAUCCAUAUGAAAAAUGAUGAAGCCGUCUGGUUGAAUAGCGGAGUCGAGUGUAUCAUCCAUAAGCUAUGUCUCUGUAAAAACGAAGACAUAGCAUUCCCUGAUGUCCCUCUGCGAUUGAAGCCUUACUCAAAGUUCAAUGUUUAUUUUCCAGCAAGUGGACAUUAGCCAUCAGGAUACUAGGAAGAGGUCGUCGUGUAGCCCAUCUUUUCAGGCUAGCUUGGAGUCCCCAUUUCCUCCUUCGUCGCCGGCGUUGCCUUCGGUCAUCUUGGUCAGCAGCAACCGAUAAGCCCGCUAUGCGUGGAACAAAGGAGCAAAUGUAGUAUUCCAGGUCUAGGAGGCUGAGAGAAGUGUGUAGCUUCAGAUUCAUGAUCGAGAAGUGUUUGACGGUCGUAGGCAAUUAUUGCACGAACAUUCUGAGCAAACAAAAUAAUAAGACAAAAAUAGCCAUAAGAAAGCAAAGUCGUGCAGGAACCGGCAAGACGCGCGCCUUCCUCAGCACCGCCAUCUCAUCGUAUUUACGUAUGUAGCUGCACUUCUAUUUCAGACUGACAUAAAUUGAAAGGUGCAAUAUUCAGUCAUUUUCUGGUUGCUAAAAUUCUAAUAGUUCGCCUAAUUUCAGUUUGUGACAAAACAAGCAAUGCAUAGUGUAGAACAAGCAAUGCAUUACCAUCUAAACCGCUGUGAAAUAUAUUUUCAGUAACCAAAUAUAUUGUAUUUUCAGCUGAUUUGAAGCUUGUGUACAAAACUGAAAGUAAAAGACGCAAAAACAAAGCUUAAGAACAGAAAUCAUAGAAAUGGCACACAAGAACAGAUCUACUGCUUCUUAGACUUGCUUUAACUGAGAAUUACAGAUCUACAUUUUUACAUUUUAGUCAUUUAGCAGACGUUCUUAUCCAGAGCGACUUACAGUUAGUGAGUGCAUACAUAGAACUCACAUUUCAAUGUGAAUUUGGUUGUCACUCAAAAAGUUACAUAUUGCAGCUUUAAACAGAUCUACUCAUCCCCCUGUCCCGGUCUCUCUUUCCCCCUCCAGCCUCUUCAGAUACACUGACCUGCCCAUAGAGGACUACUUGUGCCCUGUGCUCCGGGGCUGCACCGUCUGUGUCACAGGCCUCUCCACAGUGGAGCGUAAGAAGGUGCAGAGGCUCUGCCAGCAGCACGGGGCCAGCUACACCGGACAGCUCAAGAUGAAUGAGUGCACCCACCUCAUCGUCAGCGAGCCCUCGGGUAGGUCGAACUUACCAUACCGUUAUUGUCCAACUUAGUUAGGUUCAGAAUCAGUUCAGCACACAUCACAAAUACAAAGAAAUUAAGAAGGGAUAAAUCCAGCUUCAGCCACGCAGAUUUUUUUUCUUCUCAUAAUCACAAGGACAGUCUACAUGCUUUAGCCCUGUCCUUCUGAUGUCCUUUCAUAUAAUAACAGCUUUAGGUCGUAGAGUUCCUGAGUCUCUCUUACUGCCACCCAGUUUCCAUCACUUUCACUGAUCCCUCUCUUUGUCUGUGCCUGCAGGUCAGAAGUAUGAGUGUGCGCAGAAGUGGAACGUCUUCUGUGUGUCUCUGAACUGGCUGUUUGACAGCAUCGAGAAGGGCUUCUGCCAGGACGAGAGUCGCUACACGGUGGAGCGAGGGGCUCAGAAAGCCAGCAAACCCCACACAUCUACCCCCACCGGCACCAGCAAGAAGAAAGAGGGUGAGGCGCCAAGCUCAACAUUUAAUAUUUCCAUUUUUAUUUCAGAAUUUUAGGACUGAUUAUUCAGUUCAAUAGUAGGGAUGUGCACGGUUAUUUGAAUAUCCAAAUGGAUGUUUGUAUUCGAAUACUUGAGUAUACAUUUUUGCAAAAAUAAAUCAAUAUAAGCCUAUUUUAACUGGAAUUUAACAACAAAAGGCUUUUUCUAAAUUACAUUUAAAAUAUCAAUGUGGCAUUCUUCCAUACAAGGAUAUACCAUGACAUUUCAAAUUAUUAAUUUAAUUAAACAAACGUUUUAUGACGUGCACGGUGCGCCCCAUGAAAAGACCAAUAGCCGGCCUGUUUGAGUUUGUUUACAUUUGUACAGGGACAGUGCACAUUAAUCAACAUUUCUGUAAAAUUGCAGGUUUUAGCUAGCUGGCUAAUUUUCAACCGCAGUUGCUGGGCAGGUUAUUAAAAUCAAUAACAAUACAGACAUGCAGAGCAACAUAGGACAAGCAGCACGCAGACAGAGCAAUAGCCCAAAAGGCAACAAAACAAAAUGCAUAAAAGUAUUUCCACACCUCACAAGCUACAGACAACAUGGAAAGCGGCAAUACGGUAGCCUUCGUGUGUAGCGUGUUUAUUGGCCAAUCAAAGCGUCAAAGAGGCUCAGUGUGUAGCAAAUGGAGUGAGAGCUCACUAAUGCAAUGCAACAUGGAAUUAAAUUACUAAAUUAAAAGUUAGUGAAAUGAGAAGGAGUAGGCUAUAACGAGCAACCAACAGGUAAGCUGUUUUAUCUGAAUGGGGUUGGGGAAAAAGCACAGCAUGUGGCCUCAAUUAGCCUAGCUAGCUAUAGCUGUCUAGGUUCUCUAGGCUACUCCAGUCAAGACGGGCACUGUUAAAUGGGAUGAUGAAUAACAUUGUGGCUGCUACAAGUUGGCUAGUCUUGGCUGUAGCCGAGUUGCCUUUGCGUCUCGCUCUCCCUCUGUCUGCUCGCUACACACACACCACCCUCCGCAGCUGCAGCAAUAGAGGAGAAGGGUCUGAAUGCGGCAAGUGUCCAGGGUUCAAUAGAGCGCCAGCCUCUCUCCCUUGCGCAGCAGUGCUCAGGUUACAAACGUAGCUACGUUAAAAAAAUUGUAUUUUGAAUAUCCGGAUAUCCGACAGAUAUUCAUGAUACUAUUCGAAUAGUAAAAUUACUUAAAACCCCCAUCCCUAUUCAAUAGAUCUGUAUUGACUCUGAAGGGCAAUUGUCGUGUAGCGUAAAAAUACAUAUACAUACAUAAAAACACACACAGCAAAUAUCCAUAUUAUAAUGCUUCAAAGUGCUUAGAAAGAGCCCCUGGUCACAACAAUGAGGUCAUUUGUUGUUGUUGUUUUCCUUCAGAGGGUGCGUCUCUACUGGGGUUGAGCCACAUUUCUGUGACCAGCAGCAUGACGGUGAAUGACACGGCCUUGACUAAUGCCACGGUCAGCCGGCUGGACACACCAGACCCUAUCGACGUGCUGGACAUCACAGUUGGCCCCGCAGAUGACCUGCUGGACGGCUGCAAGGUCAGGAGGAGGUCCUCUCAACACUUCAUCUUGAUAUGAGCCACUCGAUUGAGAUCCUAUAACUCUCUAUUAGAAGAAAACAUUUGAUUUGAAUUCUCUGAGCCACUCUCUCUAUGGAGUAAUCACAGGUUACUUUCCUUACUGAGGCCUUCAGUUCCAGUUCCAUUGCUCUUAUAGAAAUGUGCUAACCAGAAGUUCAAUUCCGUUCACUUACAGACAUGACAUAUAGAGUCACAUACCUUAUGGUUCUUUAUUCCUUAUGGUUUCUUAUUGUAAAGGGUUUUAGAAAACACAAGUUCAAUUUCCGCUGUCUUCCCCUGUAGCUGUACCUGUGUGGGCUGCCAGGGAUGAGGCUGGAGAAGCUGCGUCGCCUGGUCAACAUGGCCGGUGGCCUGCACUUCAACCAGCCCAGCGAGGAGCUCACCCACGUGGUCAUGGGAGAGACUGACCAGGACACCAAGACCUUCCUGGCCAAAGCCACACACAGGUCAGUCAGUACCACAGAGCUGUCACAACAGCACCCCAACAAGACCACUGGCUGUUAUUAGACACAUACAGCCAUUGCAUAUCCAUAAUGUAUUACGCUUAGGUUGAUAAGCUUUGUCAUUAAACCAUCAUUUGUUCUAGUACGGAUAUCACAAGAGGUUGGUGGCACCUUAAUUGUGGAGGACGGGCCUGAGGUAAUGGCUGGAGUGGAAUUAGUGGAAUGGUAUCAAAUACAUCAAACACAUGGUUUCAAUGUGUUUGAUGCCAUUCCAUUUGCUCCAUUCCAGCCAUUAUUAUGAGCCGUCCUCCCCUUAGCAGCCUCCACUGACGGAUAUAGAUGCAGGAAAGCAGUCUUGGACCCAAACCCUGUAGAUACAGUGGGGGGAAAAAAGUAUUUAGUCAGCCACCAAUUGUGCAAGUUCUCCCACUUAAAAAGAUGAGAGAGGCCUGUAAUUUUCAUCAUAGGUACACGUCAACUAUGACAGACAAAUUGAGAUUUUUUUUCCAGAAAAUCACAUUGUAGGAUUUUUAAUGAAUUUAUUUGCAAAUUAUGGUGGAAAAUAAGUAUUUGGUCACCUACAAACAAGCAAGAUUUCUGGCUCUCACAGACCUGUAACUUCUUCUUUAAGAGGCUCCUCUGUCCUCCACUCGUUACCUGUAUUAAUGGCACCUGUUUGAACUUGUUAUCAGUAUAAAAGACACCUGUCCACAACCUCAAACGGUCACACUCCAAACUCCACUAUGGCCAAGACCAAAGAGCUGUCAAAGGACACCAGAAACAAAAUUGUAGACCUGCACCAGGCUGGGAAGACUGAAUCUGCAAUAGGUAAGCAGCUUGGUUUGAAGAAAUCAACUGUGGGAGCAAUUAUUAGGAAAUGGAAGACAUACAAGACCACUGAUAAUCUCCCUCGAUCUGGGGCUCCACGCAAGAUCUCACCCCGUGGGGUCAAAAUGAUCACAAGAACGGUGAGCAAAAAUCCCAGAACCACACGGGGGGACCUAGUGAAUGACCUGCAGAGAGCUGGGACCAAAGUAACAAAGCCUACCAUCAGUAACACACUACGCCGCCAGACGUGUCCCCCUGCUUAAGCCAGUACAUGUCCAGGCCCGUCUGAAGUUUACUAGAGUGCAUUUGGAUGAUCCAGAAGAGGAUUGGUAGAAUGUCAUAUGGUCAGAUGAAACCAAAAUAGAACUUUUUGGUAAAAACUCAACUUGUCGUGUUUGGAGGACAAAGAAUGCUGAGUUGCAUCCAAAGAACACCAUACCUACUGUGAAGCAUGGGGGUGGAAACAUCAUGCUUUGGGGCUGUUUUUCUGCAAAGGGACCAGGACGACUGAUUCGUGUAAAGGAAAGAAUGAAUGGGGCCAUUUAUCGUGAGAUUUUGAGUGAAAACCUCCUUCCAUCAGCAAGGGCAUUGAAGAUGAAACAUGGCUGGGUCUUUCAGCAUGACAAUGAUCCCAAACACACCGCCCGGGCAACGAAGGAGUGGCUUCGUAAGAAGCAUUUCAAGGUCCUGGAGUGGCCUAGCCAGUCUCCAGAUCUCAACCCCAUAGAAAAUCUUUGGAGGGAGUUGAAAGUCCAUGUUGCCCAGCGACAGCCCCAAAACAUCACUGCUCUAGAGGAGAUCUGCAUGGAGGAAUACCAGCAACAGUGUGUGAAAACCUUGUGAAGACUUACAGAAAACAUUUGACCUGUGUCAUUGCCAACAAAGGGUAUAUAACAAAGUUUUGAGAAACUUUUGUUAUUGACCAAAUACUUAUUUUCCACCAUCAUUUGCUAAUCAAUUCCUAAAAAAUCCUACAAUGUGAUUUUCUGGAUUUUUUUUCCUCAUUUUGUCUGUCAUAGUUGACGUGUACCUAUGAUGAAAAUUACAGGCCUCUCUCAUCUUUUUAAGUGGGAGAACUUGCACAAUUGGUGGCUGACUAAAUACUUUUUUUCCCCACUGUAGGGUUGCAAAAUUCCAGUAAUGUGCUCAAAAUUCCCAGAAAUCCCAGUUGGAAUAUCUCUGGAAUCAGGAGGGAAUAGGCAGGAAAUCCAGACUCCACCAAACCGGAAUUUUUGAAAAUUAAUUUUGCAACCCAACCUGUAGUCAGGUAGGAAAUAACCUAUGAGGAGUAUCUUGUGCCUUGAUGUGAUCCUAUCUUUCUGAUCUCUCCUCCAGGCCCCAUGUAGUGAUGGUGCAGUGGCUGCUGGACAGCUUCUCCAGAGGCAGCCUGCUCUCCGAAGGGGACUACCACCACCCAGCCUGUCUGCCCCCCGCCCCUUCAACCGUGGCCAUGCCUGCCCCCCGCACCUCCGCUUCCCGUCCCUCCUCCACCUCCUCAGCUGCCCCCCUUGCCCCCGAACCAGCUACCCCUCGACACAGAAAGGCAGAGGAGGACAUGCUCUCUCAGUACAUGGAUGAUGACCAGACAGUGGGUAAGGGAGGAGCUCCUCUGUGUAGACUCAGUGUAGCAGCAAGACCACAACUCAAAGGAGUCACAUCACGGGUCACCUGUAGCCUCAUGUUGGUAUUCUGUUUAUGUUUGAUUGUUAUUGGAGAUGAUUGUGAAGAAUAUUAAGAUAUUCACAUUGCCUAAUGUUGUAUCACCACUAUACAGUUUUUCCUGUUGACAUACUUGUUACUGUUAGCUUGAUUGAAAGUCACAGAACCUGCCCUCCCAGGUACCAUGUGCCACCAUAAUAUCCUCCUAACUUCCUCUCUUCAUCCGCCAUUUCUUUCCUCCAACCCCAGUGGAGAUGCCUCCACCAGCUGACAGCAGUCGCCACAGGAGGCAGAGCUCUGCAGCACCAGAGCCCUGGGUCUCAGCCCCAGACCAGGCUUCUACUGCAGCCGAGGGUGGGGCCGGAGCUGACUCCACCCUGCAGGAGGCCGGUGAGGCGGGCCUGUUUGCGGGGAAACGCUUCCUCCUGGUGGGCUUUGGGGCCGAGGCGGAGGCCCAGCUGUCGGUGCUGGUGACGGAGAACUGUGGGAAGGUCCUGGUGGGGCGCACGCGGGCCGUGGCCGACUACGCUGUGGUGCCCCUGCUGGGCUGCGAGGUGGAGGCCACUGUGGACGAGGUGGUCACUGAUACUUGGCUGGUAAGAGAGGGGAUGUUGACAAACAUUCUGGCUCCGUGUUUUUGUUGUCUUUCUGGUGUGGUGUGGGUGGGCUCUUUAGGCCAAGUGUGGGAUUAUCAAAUGUGUGUGCGAGUCUUCACUAAGCCAUAUUGUGUGAGUUUUAAGCAAUGUGUCUUUUGUGUAGGCCAUGUGUGUGGAGCAGCAGUGUGUGUUAGAGCUGGGCUCACACCUCUUGUUCAGCCCUGUGUCAGUGAUGGAGGGCCGCUCCCCUCUCAGUGACUGUGUCCUCUCAGUCAGCCAGUUCACCGGGGCGGAGAGGGAGUCCCUGGUAGAGCUGGCCAAACACCUGGGAGCCAGGUAACCACCUAACCACCACACACACGAGGAAGGACACAGUUUGCUCUUGUAGUAGUAUACAGGUUGCACAGUAGAUAAAUGGCACCAGCUGCAGUUUAAAAAAAAAGUUCAGCAGUUGCUCAGUUGAAGGGCCACAUUGUACACAUGUUCAUAACAGAAGCGGAAGAUGUUGAUUUGAAAGCGUUAUGAUGAUGCUGGGAGGGCCAUGGUGCUGUCACUUUUGCACAGGAUUAAAGCUCAUAGAUGCUCUUAAACUUCUAGGCUCACUGAGCAGCCCUGCAGUGGCUCUGUUAAAUGCACAGUCCCAGGUUGAGCAGGACAAGAUGAUUACUGCCAACGGUGAUACACUGCACCCAGACUAGCCCCAAGGCAAGCCGCACACGCCUGGGAGUCAUUAUGCUCAGGUAGUGGAUGCUGUGGCAAAUAAACGCACAUCUAUCACCAUGAUGUCUAGAUUCAUCGAGAGUUUAAAAAAACAUAUCAAAAUAACAAAAUGUGCCUUGCACCAUCCCCAGAAUAGAGUACAUCACAGGGAAUGCUAUAACAAAGCAUUGUGGAAGAACACAGAUCAAUAGAUUGCUGAACAACGUGUAGGACGGCUGCCAGAGCCAUUCUUUGUCUCACCAAUCCGUUGAUUAUGUUGCUGUUCACCAGUAAAGUCAGGAGAAGAAUGGAAAGGAUAAAGGGUUUCCCUGAAGUGAUGUGCCAAAAAAAAUGGGCAUAAGAAUCAAGCUCCUCUUGAACAGAGCACACGGUACUGUUGGGAUUUGUUGAAGCCAUAGUGUAAGACUUGUUGAUCAGAUGUAGUAGUCAUUGGAUCCUGAAGGGAUAGCUCAGUGCGUCUGCUCUGCUAUAUUCUACCAGACUCAUCAGAUGAAUCUUUCUGAUGUGCCGUAUUCUCGAUGUACGGAAUGCAGCCCUAUAAUGGGAGGUAACUCGCAGACGAUUGAUCAACUAAAACACUAUAAACCACACUAAAGCUUGUCUGCUCAGAGGAAUUGUAGGCAUAGGCCUAUCCCUAGACUCCAUUUACACAGGCAGCCCAAUUCUGAUAUUUCUUCCACUAAUUGGUCUUUUGACUAAUCAGAUCGGCACUUUUGCCAAUAAUGGGCAAAAGAUCAGAAUUGUGCUUCCCGUGUAAACGCAGCCUUACAAUCGCCAGUGGUGAAUCCAAUACAAAAUGUAAGAGGCUGGCUGCACGCUCGCAUUAAGAAUGGACAGAAUAUGUUCCAGCCUUGCCUUAUAUUUAGCAUUUGAAUAGCUUCAUUUGAAUAGUAAAUGUGUCCAUUUGAAUGGACACAUUUACAUCAAAGGACUGCACAUUUUCAAUAGGGCUGUAGGUGGAUCCAACCUUUCCAAUGAGACCUUAGGGAACCCCUAAGUCAAUACUUGAUGAAGGCACCAUUAGCAGCAAAAACAGCUGCAAAUAUAUUCAGAUAAAUGCUUUGUUGUUUUUUUUGACAUUCUAAUUUUAUUAUUGCAUCAUACUCCGUCACACACACACACUGGAUAUACUAGUCCCUUCUUGUCACAAACAGACAUGUAUUGCACUGAGAACGAAGUAACCUGUGGCUUAUGUGUCAAACUGAAAGCCUGCAACAAGAACAUUUGUGGCAUAUUUGUGCGUAGUUUCUCAUGUCUUACUAUUUUCUCACCUUUCCAUCUAUCCAUCCUCUGGACAGUGUCCAGGACUACUUUGUGCGCAUGGCCAACCAGAGGAAGGCCAUGCUGGCUAGUACCCACCUGGUGCUGCAGAGCCCUGAGGGCACCAAGUACCAGGCGGCCCAAAAGUGGGGGCUGCCCGCUGUCACCCUGCGCUGGGUGCUGGAGUCUGCCAGGACGGGCCGGAAGGCAGAGGAGGGGAGAUACCUGGUGGACUUGCCCUGUUCUCCAGGUCAGUCUGCCUAGCAAUCAUAGAGACUUCUUGAAUGGAUUUUAAUUGAAUGGAAAACCAUAUUUUCCUUUUUUUUUUUUUUUUCUGCCAACAGCAGUGGGGGAUGAAUGAUGUUUUGGCAAAACUUUUAGUAACUUCUGGGCCGUUGAAACCUUAGCAUUUCAUUUAUUGAGAGGGGAUGAGUUUUGCACGAACAGUUAAUGCUCUGCUGUAUGUGAUAUAUUUCAUCUGAAUCAGUUUAUGUAUUCCCUCUGUUCCCCAGAGAGAGAAGAGGAGAGUUUUGUGGGGGGCUCACAGAAGCCAUGCAUGCCCCCUCCCCCAGCCCGUAACAAGUCCCCAGAGAUUCCACUGCUGGGCCCCCAGAGCGGGGUGGCCGUCACCCCCCUGGACACGGGCCGGUUCCAGAGUAAGGUGUUCCGCUCCGUGCUUGACCAAGGCCAGCUAGACAAGGACUGUACCUCUCCGGGAGGUCAAGAGGGGGACAGGAAAGCAGGGGGGCAGAUAGAAUCCCCGGCGCUGCAGUUGGACACCCCCUCCCGCUUCCUCUGCCGAGACCAGCUCUUCAGACCCACCUUCAAUGUCAAGGUAAAACUCACUUGUCUCUAUAGUGCGCUAUACACUGAGUAUACAAAACAUUAAGACCACCUGCUCUUUCCAUUACAUAGACUGACCAGGUGAAAGCUAUGAUCACUUAUUGAUGUCACUUGUUAAAUCCACUUAAAUCAGUGUAGAUGAAGGGGAGGAGACAGGUUAAAGAAGGAUUUUUAAGCCUUGAGACAAUUGGGACAUGGAUUGCGCAUGUGUGCCAUUCAGAGGGUGAAUGGGCAAGACGAAAUAUUUAAGUGCCUUUGAACAGGGGCUAUGGUAGUAGGUGCCAGGUGCACCAGUUUGUGUCAAGAACUGCAACGCUGCUGGGUUUUUCACACAACAGUUUCCCGUGUGUAUCAAGAAUGGUCCACCACCCAAAGGACAUCCAGCCAACUUGACACAACUGUGGGAAGCAUUGGAGUCAACAUGGGCCAGCAUCCCUGUGGAACACUUUCGACACCUUGUAGAGUCCAUGCCCCGACGAAUUUAGGCUGUUCUGAGGACAAACGGGGGGCUCCAACUCAAUAUUAGGGAGGUGUUCCUAAUGUUUGGUACACUCGGUGUAUAUGGAAUAGUGUGCAAAAACACUCAUUGACGGAAUAGCGUUGAGCAUUGGGGUGUUACGGUGACCGUAAUACCACCACACCGGCAGUCACGAGUCAUGACCGCAGUCAAAUUCCACGUGACCGUUGAGUCACAGUAACUAGGCUUCUCCAAAACUGCACUCUGAUGCCGCUGAUGGUCAUUAGUACCCUUCCAAACUUGCUAAUGGCCUAGUACUCAGCGCCCUGGAACACGGUUGGAAAGCACAUAGCCUACAGAGCCUAGUGAAACAUUUGUUCUCAUAAGCCCAGUCAUUGAGCAAUCGAGUUUUGACUGGCCGUUAUUUAAAAGAGGAUUCCAGCUUUCUCGUGCUGCUAUAUUUAUUGCUCAAUUCUUAAAAUUAAGGACAUUAAUUUGCUUUAUAACCGGUGUAGCCUACCUGGCAUAUUAAAAACAUAACCGCACGUAACUUCCAUUCGCUAUUCGAGUGCAGGCUACAGAUGACGUGUACAAACAUUUGUGGACCAUUUUAAAUCUAAAAGAAUUCAACCCAUACUGUAUAUUAGUAGGCUAUAUGUAAAGACCAGAUUAAAUUCUGGGUGAGAAUAUUAAAUGCUUGUCAAAUAGUGAAUGCGAGACUGAAUUGUGUUUAGCCUGCGCAAGAAACAAAGCAGAGCUCAUGCCUUUCAUGCUACUUUUUUAAAAAUAAUUAUGCAGCCUUACAAUGUAUUACAAAUCUAAACGUAUAGCCUAACGUUUAUCACAACUAAAGUUGCAUAGAUAACUGUAAAAUAAGCAUAUAGGAGGGACCUGUUUCUUUGUUAACUGCUCACCCUCGGAAAUGCGUUUGGGGGGGGAAAAAUAUCCUUUCUAUUUUAUUCAGCUAUGUUCAAUUGUAUUCUUCUUACUAUAAAAUAAUGCUACAGGAAUUCAUAGCAAAUCUUGCCUGCUAACUGAACUAGUGUAGCCUACAGCCAUAUGGCAUAGCCAGAUCAGGACCUAACAUAAGGAUGACUCAGAAUGCGCUAUAUUGUUCUUCUGAAAUGGGCUACAUUUUCUUCAUAUAAUGUUUCUUUAGACCUGCCUAAAAUAAAUAAUUGACUUAUUGUGAUUGUGUAGGCUAUAUUAAAUUGAUUUAUUAGAUCAAUAUUUUACAUUAAAAUAAAGUAAAGGGUUUAAAGUAUCCAAAACAACCAAAAGAUAGAUUUCCACAAAACAGAUUUUCGUUGCAUUUUGUGUUUUUCCCAACAAUGAGUCGGCGUGACAUCAGAUGGGUUCUCGAGAUGUUCCAAAGGUCUGUAGAUGUUCCAAAGGUCCGCAUCAGUGGCUUGUAGGCUAUGCGCAGAAGCCCGGAGAAGCUGAACGUGUUUAUGUUAGAGAAAUUUCAAGGUUUUUCAGCUUCAUAUUCAUCCUCUCCAGCACCACCCGAACAUCAACAUGUAACAAUUGCACCUUUCUAUGUUUUGUAGUAAAAAAAGAUAGAGGAAGAUCAAUGUUUCCAAUGACAUCGGUGUGCAUCGUGUGAUUUUAACCAAUUAUAAUUAGGCAUUGUCUACUAAUUGGUUGAUGUCAUUGGAAACACUUAUCUUCCUCUAUCUUUUUUACAAAACAUAGAAACGCGCCAAUUUCUCAUAUGUUGGGGUGGUGCUGGAGAGGAUGAAUAUUUUUUUUUACAUGUCCCUUUUAAUGGUCAAUUACCGGGAGACCGGCAGUUAUUUGCAUGACAAUCACCGGCUGACAAAAUGUAAUGACCGCCACAGCCCUAGUUGAGCAUUAUAUUAUAACAACACACCUUGAAAGUAUGUAUUUGUAUAUGACAUUCCAGGCUGCGUUAGCGGCGUUGGACACACCAGGGGGCAGGUCACAGCAGAGUCAGAAGGUCGCGACCCCGCUGUCAGAGAUCAUUGGGAGAAACCUGAAGGUGGCCCUGGCCAACAGCACCCGCGGCCACCACCUUGACCUCCAGGCCCUUACAGCCAGCCCCCAGCUCAGCAAGGAGACCUACGGAGCGGUAUUUUUUAUUUUUUAUUUAUUUCACCUUUAUUUAACCAGGUAAGCCAGUUGAGAACAGGUUCUCAUUUACAACUGCGACCUGGCCAAGAUAAAGCAAAGUAGUGCAAUAAAAACAACACAGAGUUACAUAUGGGGUAAAAAACAUAAAGUCAGAAAUACAACAGAAAAUAUAUAUACAGUGUGUGCAAAUGUAGCAAGUUAUGGAGGUAAGGCAAUAAAUAGGCUAUAGUGCAGAAUAAUUACAAUAGUAUUAACACUGGAAUGCUAGAUGUGCAAGAGAUUAUGUGCAAAUAGAGAUACUGGGGUGCAAAAGAGCAAAAUAAAUAACAAUAUAGGGAUGAGGUAGUUGGGUGGGCUAAUUUCAGAUGGGCUGUGUACAGGUGCAGUGAUCGGUAAGGUGCUCUGACAACUGAUGCUUAAAGUUAUUGAGGGAGAUAAGAGUCUCCAGCUUCAGAGAUUUUUGCAAUUCGUUCCAGUCAUUGGCAGCAGAGAACUGGAAGGAAUGGCGGCCAAAGGAGGUGUUGGCUUUGGGAAUGACCAGUGAGAUAUACCUGCUGGAGCGCAGACUACGGGUGGGUGCUGCUAUGGUGACCAAUGAGCUAAGAUAAGGCGGGGAUUUGCCUAGCAGUGAUUUAUAGAUGGCCUGGAGCCAGUGGGUUUGACGACGAACAUGUAGUGAGGACCAGCCAACAAGAGCGUACAGGUCACAGUGGUGGGUAGUGUAUGGGGCUUUGGAGACAAAACGGAUGGCACUGUGAUAGACUACAUCCAAUUUGCUGAGUAGAGUGUUGGAGGCUAUUUUGUAAAUGACAUCGCCGAAGUCAAGGAUCGGUAGGAUAGUCAGUUUUACGAGGGCAUGUUUGGCAGCAUGAGUGAAGGAGGCUUUGUUGCGAAAUAGGAAGCCGAUUCUAGAUUUAACUUUGGAUUGGAGAUUCUUUAUGUGAGUCUGGAAGUUGAGUUUACAGUCUAACCAGACACCUAGGUAUUUGUAGUUGUCCACAUACUCUAGGUCAGACCCGUCGAGAGUGGUGAUUCUAGUCGGGCGUUCGAUUGAAAAGCAUGCAUUUAGUUUUACUAGUGUUUUAAGAGCAGUUGGAGGCUACUGAAGGAUUGUUGUAUGGCAUUGAAGCUCGUUUGGAGGUUUGUUAACACAGUGUCCAAUGAAGGGCCAGAUGUAUACAAAAUGGUGUCGUCUGCGUAGAGGUGGAUCUGAGAGUCACCAGCAGCAAGAGCGACAUCAUUGAUAUACACGGAGAAAAGUGUCGGCCCAAGAAUUGAACCCUGUGGCACCCCCAUAGAGACUGCCAUAGGUCCAGACAACAGGCCCUCCGAUUUGACACACUGAACUCUAUCUGAGAAGUAGUUGGUGAACCAGGCGAGGCAGUCAUUUGAGAAACCAAGGCUAUUUAGUCUGCCAAUAAGAAUGCGGUGGUUGACAGAGUCGAAAGCCUUGGCCAGGUCGAUGAAGACGGCUGCACAGUACUGUCUAUUAUCAAUCGCGGUUAUAAUAUUGUUUAGGACCUUGAGCGUGGCUGAAGUGCACCCGUGACCAGCUCGGAAACCGGAUUGCAUAGCGGAGAAGGUACGGUGGUAUUCGAAAUGGUCGAUGAUCUGUUUGUUAACUUGGCUUUCGAAUACUUUCGAAAGGCAGGGCAGGAUGGAUAUAGGUCUGUAGCAGUUUGGAUCUAGAGUGUCACCCCCUUUGAAGAGGGGGAUGACCGCGGCAGCUUUCCAAUCUCUGGGGAUCUCAGACGUUAUGAAAGAGAGGUUGAACAGACUAGUAAUAGGGGUUGCGACAAUUUCGGUGGCUCGUUUUAGAAAGAAAGGGUCCAGAUUGUCUAGCCCAGCUGAUUUGUAGGGGUCCAGAUUUUGCAGCGCUUUCAAAACAUCAGCUGUCUGAAUUUGUGUGAAGGAGAAGCGGGGGGGGGGCAUGGGCAAGUUGCAGCAGAGGGUGCAGAGUUGGUGGCCGGGUUAGUGGUAGCCAGAUGGAAAGCAUGGCCAGCUGUAGCAAAAUGCUUGUUGAAAUUCUCGAUUAUUGUAGAUUUAUCGGUGGUGAUAGUGUUUCCUAGCCUCAGUGCAGUGGGCAGCUGGGAGGAAGUGCUCUUAUUCUCCAUGGACUUUACAGUGUCCCAAAACUUUUUGGAGUUAGUGCUACAGGAUGCAAAUUUCUGUUUGAAAAAGUUAGCCUUUGCUUUCCUGACUGCUUGUGUAUAUUGGUUCCUAACUUCCCUGAAAAGUUGCAUAUCGCGGGGGCUAUUUGAUGCUAAUGCUGUACGCCACAGGAUGUUUUUGUGCUGGUCAAGGGCAGUCAAGUCUGAGGAGAACCAGGGGCUAUAUCGGUUCUUAGUUCUGUAUUUUUUGAAUGGGGCAUGUUUAUUUAAGAUUGAGAGGAAAUUACUUUUAAGGAACAACCAGGCAUCCUCUACUGACGGAAUGAGAUCUAUAUCCAUCCAGGAUACCUGGGCCAGGUCAAUUAGGAAGGCCUCCUCGCUAAAGUGUUUUAGGGAGCGUUUGACAGUGAUGAGGGGUGGUCGUUUGACCGCGGACCCGUUACGGACGCAGGCAAUAAGGCAGUGAUCGCUGAGAUCCUGGUUGAAGACAGCUGAGGUGUAUUUAGAGGGUAUGUUAGUCAGGAUGAUAUCUAUGAGGGUACCCAUGUUUACAGAUUUAGGGUUGUACCUGGUAGGUUCGUUGAUAAUUUGCGUGAGGUUGAGGGCAUCUAGCUUGGAUUGUAGGAUGGCUGGGGUAUUAAGCAUAUCCCAAUUUAGGUCACCAAGCAGUACAAACUCUGAGGAUAAAUGGGGGGCAAUCAAUUCACAUAUGGUGUCCAGGGCACAGCUGGGGGCUGAGGGGGGUCUGUAGCAAGCGGCAACAGUGAGAGACUUAUUUCUGGAAAGGUGGAUUUUUAGAAGUAGAAGCUCAAACUGUUUGGGCACAGACCUGGAUAGUAUGAUAGAGCUCUGCAGGCUAUCUCUACAGUAGAUUGCAACUCCACCCCCUUUGGCAGUUCUAUCUAGACGGAAAAUGUUAUAGUUGGGGAUGGAAAUUUCAGAAUUUUUGGUGGCCUUCCUGAGCCAGGAUUCAGACACUGCUAGAACAUCAGGGUUGGCAGAGUGUGCUAACGCAGUGAAUAACUCAAACUUAGGAAGUAGACUUCUGAUAUUUAUGUGCAAGAAACCAAGACUUUUGCGAUUACAGAAGUCAUCAAAUGAUAGCGCCUGGGGAGUAGGAGUGAUACUGAGGGCUGCAGGGCCUGGGUUAGCCUCUACAUCACCAGAGGAACAGAGGAGGACUAGAAUAAGGAUACGGCUAAAGGCUUUAAGAACUGGUCUUCUAGUGCGUUGGGUACAUAGAAUAAAGGGGGCAGAUUUCCGGGUGUUAUAGAAAAGAUUCAGGGCAUUAUGUACAGACAAGGAUAUGGAAGGAUAUGAGUAAAGUGGAGGUAAACCUAAGCGUUGGGUAACAAUGAAAGAGAUAGCAUCGCUGGAGGCAUCAAUUGAGUCGGUCUCCGCGUGUAUAGGGGGAGGGGCAAAGGAGCUAUCUAAGGCAGGUUUAGCUAGGCUGGGGGGUCUACAGUGAUAUAGUACAAUUAGAAAUAACCGAAACAACAAUAAACUAACCAUGUUUGGGCUGAGGCUAAACAUAAACAGGAUGUAGUACCGUAAAAAGGAACAGUCCAGCAGAUAUCAGCUGUAUAGCUGAGUUAUCAUAAGGUCCGGUGGUGAAGCACUAGUGAGUAAGAGGCCACGGCUAGCGUGUGCUAGCGGGCCAGGGCUAGCAGAUGGAUGGAAUCUUCGUGGUUAACGUCGUAACCACAUCAGACGAUUUCGUCGGCAGACAAGUCGUGUAGGAUCGGCGGGGCUCCGUGUCAACACUAGGUGGUCCCGUCCGGUUGACAGAGAGGUAGAUAGCCGGGAGAUGGGCCUAGCUCAGGAUGAUUAGCCAGACCACAGCGUCCGUUUUGUUGUAGCUAGCUGGUAGCGAUGAAUCCGGAGUUAAAGGUCCAGUGAUUCAGUGAUUCCGGCGGAAAAACUGAUAUGUUCUGGGUCGAUAACGCGCUGUGCAGACUGGCCGAAUAUCCGGUGAUCAAUGUCCAGUGAUUAAAAUUAAUCCCGCAGAAAAAAAUCCAAUGUUCUGGGUGAAACACCGCUAGCUGUGGCUAAUAGCAAGUAGCUAGUUAGCUGGCUAGCUAGUUUCAACUGGAGAUUCUAGAUUCUAGAUAAAGGUAAGUCAAUAAUAGAAUCCGUUCCACAUUGAGUGAGGCGGGUUGCAGGAAAGUAUAUCUUGUAGAAGGAUGAAAAGUCUGAUAGGGAAAUAUGUACGAAAAAUAGGGUAUUUACAGGCUAUUUACAGACAUACGAUAAAAACACAACUGCACUACUACGCCAUCUUGGAAAUCUCAGUACAGACAGUACAGUACAGACACAGCCAAGUUCAUAUACACAGUUGUUUAUAUGCCAGUGUGACUGGUGUCUCUUUGUGUGCCUGUAGGUGGAGGAGAAGGAGGCUGCUGCCCUGGCUGGUGUGGUGAUCUGUGUGAGUAAGAAACUGAGCAAGAAGCAGCGGGAGCUCAACGGCAUCGCUGCCUCACUGGGAGCUGGCUUCAGGUACUCCUCUCAACUCAACAAUACAUACUCGCAACUACGUCUAGAAUGUUAGUCAUUUUUAUUUAUUUUUUAUUUCACCUUUAUUUAACCAGGUAAGCCAGUUGAGAACAAGUUCUCAUUUACAACUGCGACCUGGCCAAGAUAAAGCAAAGUAGUGCGAUAAAAACAACAACACAGAGUUACAUAUGGGGUAAAAAAAACAAAGUCAAAAAAAUAAUACAACAGAAAAUAUAUAUACAGUGUGUGCAAAUGUAGCAAGUUAUGGAGGUAAGGCAAUAAAUAGGCUAUAGUGCAAAAAUAAUUACAAUUAAUAUUAACACUGGAAUGCUAGAUGUGCAAGAGAUGAUGUGCAAAUAGAGAUACUGGGGUGCAAAAGAGCAAAAUAAAUAACAAUAUAGGGAUGAGGUAGUUGGGUAGGCUAAUUUCAGAUGGGCUGUGUACAGGUGCAGUGAUCGGUAAGGUGCUCUGACAACUGAUGCUUAAAGUUAGUGAGGGAGAUAAGAGUCUCCAGCUUCAGAGAUUUUUGCAAUUCGUUCCAGUCAUUGGCAGCAGAGAACUGGAAGGAAUGGCGGCCAAAGGAGGUGUUGGCUUUGGGGAUGACCAUUGAGAUAUACCUGCUGGAGCGCAUACUACGGGUGGGUGUUGCUAUGGUGACCAAUGAGCUAAGAUAAGGCGGGGAUUUGCCUAGCAGUGAUUUAUAGAUGGCCUGGAGCCAGUGGGUUUGACGACGAACAUGUAGUGAGGACCAGCCAACAAGAGCGUACAGGUCACAGUGGUGGGUAGUGUAUGGGGCUUUGGAGACAAAACGGAUGGCACUGUGAUAGACUACAUCCAAUUUGCUGAGUAGAGUGUUGGAAGCUAUUUUGUAAAUGACAUCGCCGAAGUCAAGGAUCGGUAGGAUAGUCAGUUUUACGAGGGCAUGUUUGGCAGCAUGAGUGAAGGAGGCUUUGUUGCGGAAUAGGAAGCCGAUUCUAGAUUUAACUUUGGAUUGGAGAUUCUUAAUGUGAGUCUGGAAGGAGAGUUUACAGUCUAACCAGACACCUAGGUAUUUGUAGUUGUCAGACCCGUCGAGAGUAGUGAUUCUAGUCGGGUGGGCGGGUGCCAGCAGCGUUCGAUUGAAGAGCAUGCAUUUAGUUUUACUAGUGUUUAAGAGCAGUUGGAGGCUACUGAAGGAGUGUUGUAUGGCAUUGAAGCUUGUUUGGAGGUUUGUUAACACAGUGUCCAAUGAAGGGCCAGAUGUAUACAAAAUGGUGUCGUCUGCGUAGAGGUGGAUCUGAGAGUCACCAGCAGCAAGAGCGACAUCAUUGAUAUACACGGAGAAAAGAGUCGGCCCAAGAAUUGAACCCUGUGGCACCCCCAUAGAGACUGCCAUAGGUCCAGACACGACACUUGCCAUUAAUGAUGUGCCAUCCAAUACUGUGUGUGUGUUCCAGGUGGUCGUGUGACGACACCGUAACCCACUACAUCUACCAGGGUCGUGUGGGGGACAACACGCGGGAGUACAGGGCUGUGAAGGAGCAAGGGGUGCAUGUUGUGUCCCAGCACUGGCUGCAGGCGGUAUGGAAGGUUUCCAGUACACACACACACACACACACACACACACUAAACACAAAUGUUCUGCAUAAAGUAAACGACAGGCAGGCUCUAUUCUUAUAUCAGACUGAACAGUCACAAAACGUGUUGCUGUAGUUCGUGUGUGUGUUUGUGUGUGUCCUCAAUACUGACUCAUUGCUGUCUCCAGUGUGCUGAGGAUCAGAGACACGUGUCGGAGUCUCUCUACCCGUUCACCUACAACCCCAAGAUGAGCCUGAACCUCAGCCAGAUGCCUCCUGACAGUAGCCGGAGGUCUCCCCCUGCCACCCGCACCACACAACUCAGAGACCUCACUGAGGCCCAAGAGAACAGGGUACGUUCCUUACAGAAACCGCUCACCUCUAGAUCUGGGGCUGUAUGUAUUAAGCGUCUUAGAGUAAGAGUGCUGAUCUAGGAUCAGGUCCCCCCCGUCCAUGUAAUCUUAUUCAUUGUGAUUGAAAAGACAAAACUGAUCCUAAAUUAGCACUUCUACUCUGAAAUGCUUGAUACAUACGGCCCCUGUAUUGCUCAAUGGUUUGAGUGUCUGGGAAAUGGUGCAUGGAGGCUGUCAGUUAAAGCUUUUUUAUCAUAACCUCGUCUCCCUCAGAUUGAAGAUAAUUCCGUAGAAGACGCCACAACCUCCCAUCACGUCACUGAAGGAGAGACUGACCAAGAGCAGGGCCAGGACAAUGCAGAGGAGAAAGGUGGGGCUCUUAUGCACUGAUGAUCCACUGAUCUGCCCUUCUGUGCUCAAGUGCAUUGAAUUGAAACAUUCCGGGUCCAUACUUGUGAACUCUUGCUAAGACCACAGGUUUAAACUUUUUAGAGAAACUAUAAUAGUUGUUAGCUAAUGGACAAAAUUCAGUGUUUUUGCUUAUGUUUCACGCACAUCCAUGUGCUUUUACGGAAAAAGAUGGAGGACGAUUAUACAACAAAAGUUUAUAUUCGUUUAUCGUUAAAAUAAAAUAAGAGGCUCAUGAUCUUUGUCAAGUAGCACUAAUUUACCCUCCAUUACUAUCACCAAAGAUGGUGGAUAAAUUAAUGUCUUACUCAGGUCGUUUUAAAAUGGUCCCAGUUCCGGUCUGCUUAAGGGGUGGCUCUCCCAUGGACACCAAUGCGAUAGCAGCUCUGUCUGGUCUGCUUAGUUCAUUGACUGUAUAUGAACCAGGAAAAAUGAGCAAGUGGGACGUCUCGCUUCCUCUUCCAGCUCUGCUAUCACUGCCAGUUGCUGUCCAUUAAGGUGGUAUGAUUGGAAUCUUUUGAAUACGGUAAGUGUGGGUUCGAGUCCCCCUUGCGACAAACUCUACUGCUGGUCCUCGAGUAAAGUACAACAUUAUAAUGAUGCAUAUAAAAUGUACAAUUUAAAUGUACACGUGUAUGCAAUAUAUAUGAUUAUUAGCAGUAUGUUUGUCUACAAGGCUGAAGAUAGAAGCAGCUCCUCAUUAAAUCUAUUCUUAAUCUUCAUUUUCAAGGUGCUGGCUGCACUUCCCUUCUCAACACACUAACACAAUAAGUGUAACUUCUACAUUUCAAAGUACAAAGAAAAUAUCCUCUGAGAUUUGAACCCUUGCUGCAAACUCUGAAAAUUAGCACGUUUUCCAAUGGGAAAAGCUAACAGCUAGCAUAGUUGUAAAAGCUUUAAACCUGUGGUCUAAGCAAGAGUUCGUAAGUAUGGCCCCUCCUGGUUCAUACAGAAUAUGAGGCUGUUGACUGAAAAAGUUACGUUUGCACUUAUCAGGAGUGAACUGAAUAUCUCUGAGUGCAGGUCCCCAAAACACAUACAUAUAUACACACUUCACUUUCUUUCAUUCCCCUCAUCCUCUGACCGUCUCUGUCUCCCAGACCUGUCAGAGACCCUGGAGAUGAGGGAGAACCUCCAGAGGCAGCUGCAGGAGAUCAUGUCAGCAACCAAGAUGACCACCAGCAAGCGCUCUUCAGCCCGCUUGGGCUCCGUGGGGACAGACUCCCAUACCCCUGGCCUGGGCUCCGUGGGGACAGACUCCCAUACCCCUGGCCGCAACGCAAACGUCCGACGCACAAUGGAAGCACUGCGGUACGAGACACCGACAGACCGGGGGGCUGCAAAAUGUGAAAAUAACCUUCAAUUAACCUUCACUAUUCAGUUUCCCUGUGCCGAUGACCAGAUCUGUGUCCAGACAGUCAUCCCAUUGUUUGGUUUUCAAAUUCCUCUGCGCUACAAAUGUUUAGAUUUUACUUGAGACUGAGUUGAAUUUGUGCUGUAAGUUUGUUGGAUGUUUACAAUGUAAAUAUUUGUUUGCCAUGUAAAUAAGGCAUGUACAUAGUUACAGUGUGAAAAAGGGCUAACUCUCUCUGUCUGUGUCUCCCUCUUCUGGUGUUACUCAGGAUGUCUCGUCAGGCAGCCGUGGACCUGAACACAGAGCCGUCUCAGAGUGAGCAGAUCGUGUGGGACGACCCAACUGCCCGGGAGGAGAGGGCCAAGCUUGCUGACAACCUGCAGUGGCCCGGCAGCCCUUCCCAGCACUCUGUGCCCCUGGCUGUACCCUCAGCAGCACCCCUAUCCCACUCUGACAAUGCCGGAAACGCACUCCGGGACUCCAUGACCGACUCUGAAAUGGUGGAAAUGGGUGAGGAGGAGGGGAAUUAAAAAAGUAGUCCCCUGUCUUCAAUCAUACUCAAGUGUUGCUAAAGUUGUAAAGUUUCAAAGGAGUUAAAAAGAAAGUGCAAUAGAACUUAGAAAUUCUGUUUUUCAAUCUUGUUAUAUAUGCCAACGCACCUGCAGCAAGAGAUUCUUUCUAUUGAGGUGCCAAAUAUUUACCUAAUGAAAAACAUUCUCCCUCCUAUUCAGCGGAGUGUGACAUGAUUGACCAGCAGAUGGGUGAGAAGGUGAUGACCGUGCCAGAGCCUGACCUCCUCACCCCUAAAGCCCCCAGCAUCGCCUUCCCCCUCGCCAACCCCCCCGUUCCCCCAGAGCCACAGGUAACCACACACACCCUCCCUACCCUCUUGUAAGGUGAUAUUAUAAGUAAAUGUUUAGAUGUGAAUUGUUACUUAGCUGCGCAAUGGUGUACUGUGACAGUGACGCUAAAAGUCUGUACUGUCAACAGACCGAAGAAGAGAGUGAGGCGGCGAAGGAGCCUCCUCGGUUCCAGCUGUCCUCCCUCAACCCCCAGGAGAGGAUAGACUACAGCGCCCUCAUAGAGGACCUGGGUGAGUCUCAAUCCUGCUCCCUGACCACCUAACUAACUAGACGCUAUCUUCUUUACCGUCUCUGUGGUACAUAUGUCAUCCCGUGUGGCUCAGUUGGUAGAGCAAGGCACUUGCAACGCCAGGGUUGUGGGUUCGAUUCCCACAGGGGACCAGUAUAAGAAUGUAUGGACUCACUACUGUAAGUUGGUCUGGAUACGAGUGUUUGUUAAAUGACCCAAAUGAAAAGUAGCCUCAACUCGUUGGUGCGUCUCAAAUUGUCACCCUAAUCCCUAUAUAGUGCACCACUUUUGACCAGGGCCCAUAGGGUUCUGGUCAAAACUAGUGCAUUAUAUAGGGAAAAUGGGGCAUUUGGGACCCACCCUCGUGUCUACUUUUUUUAUCUGCAUUGGUCUUAAAACAUUGUAUUGUUUCUUUCUCUUCUGAGACGUCUGUUUGUCAGUCCCCCUAUUGCAUUUGUCUGUCUGUCUCUUUGUCUGACUAUACAUGUCUGUGUUCCUGUAGGGGGCGUGGUGCUGGACAAACAGUGCUUUGACCCCAGCUGCUCCCACAUCAUCGUGGGGAACCCCCUGAGGAAUGAGAAGUACCUGGCAGCCAUGGCCUCCGGGAAGUGGAUCCUGCACCGAUCCUACCUGGAGGCCUGUCGCUCCGUGGGACACUUUAUCCAGGUCAGGAUCUGCAUCAGACCACCACAACAUGCCACUAUUUCCUCCACAGACUCCUAGUGCCAUCUUUUUGGAUUUAAUCUUUAUUUAACCAGGAAGUCCCAAUGAGGUCAGACAUCUUUCACAAGGGAGAACUAUCCAAGAAGGGGCAGCUCAGUUAAAAGAUACAUCUUGUUUAUGUAUCUUGACUUUAAUGGAGAGGGUGUACAUACUGUGUGUGUUCCAGGAGGAUGCGUACGAGUGGGGCAGUAGCUCCAUCCUGGAUGCCCUACCCUCCAUCAGCUCCCAGCAGAAGAGGCUGGCAUUGGCAGCCAUGCGCUGGAGGAGGAACCUGCAGGAACACAAUGACCUGGAGGGAGCGUUCAGCGGUUGGACCGUCAUGCUAAACAUCGACCAGACCAGAGAGUCAGGGUUCAGACGACUGCUGCAGUCUGGUGGAGCAAAGGUACAAACAAAACUCUUAAAGGGUAACUCCACCGCUUUUCAACCUCAUUGUCAUUAUCUCCAGCACAAUACCAGUGUCAACAUAUGUGAAAACGGCACAUUUCUACGUUUUGUAGAAAGACAUUUGAAGUUAAAAAGUUCUAACCGAUGACCUAAUCAAAAGUUAAAACAUACUAUUUUUAACUUAGAUUUUCAAACUCUGAGAUUCACGGUGACGUGGGAGCAAGAAAAUACCCUCCCUUGGGCUAGAAACUCGUUGCAGGUUUUGAAAAUCAUUUUUUCAUUUAAUCCUGUGAUGUCACAGAGACUCAUUUCUUAAUACCUUAUCUUUUUAACCACAGAUCAUAGAAACACACAUAUGUAGACACUGGUUUGGUGCUGGAGAUGAUGAAUAUGAGUUUGAAAAAUGGCGGAAUUGCCCUUUUAAGGCCUUUUCUCACCAACUGCGUUGAGAUAUUUUCUUCCUAAUUCCGAAAAAAUACAGAUUCCAGUUUUGACAUACUAAACCAUUCACCCCAAGUCCAAUGCGUUUUUCCCUUUACGUAUCCAAAACAAUUGCAUAAAAUCACUAGCGCUGCUGCGGUCAUUCUCAGUGGCAAUAUGUUGUUCAAAGUGGCUAGAGAGGACACAGUAAUGAGAGAAAUUCUAUACUACUGGAAAACAUAAUAUGCUACUGAAAAUAUUAGGAUAGGCUAUUCAUUCUAUUGGAUGAGUCAUGAAAGGAGCUUGGCUACAUUUCAUUCAGUUGCACCCCAUUUAAUAAGAGAGGAAACUCAAAACUGGCACCUGUCGUCAUUCCUUGCACAUAUGCUGACCAUCAUGACGCUUGCUGCCUACCGUUUUCUUUCAACCUGAUUAAAAAAGAGAUGAAGUCCAGACAGGCUAGGCCUGGGAAACUUUCUGAAUGGACAUAGAGAAUUAGUAACUCAUACAUGCACACCCACCCACCUAAAAGGACCCAUCAAUCAAAGCCGCCUGCAACGCAUCUCACUCAGACACUUAAGCAAAUCACAUUAUUCGUUUUCCAGAAACAUAUUAAAGCCUUGUCUUAGCUUCAAAUUUAUAGGGGAGUGCCUUCAGAAAGUAUUCAUACCCCUUCGACUUAUUCCACAUUUUGUGUUACAGCCUGAAUUAAGAAUGGAUUAAAUAGAUUUUCUUCUCACCCAUCUACACACAAUACCCCAUAAUGACAAAGAGAAAAUGUUUUAAUAGAGAUGUUUGCGAAUUUGAUUAAAAAUUAAAUACAAAAAUAUCUAAUUUUUUAUAAGUAUCCACACCCUUGAGUUAGAAUCACCUUUGCCAGCAAUUACAGCUGUGAGUCUUUCUGGGUAAGUUGCUAAGAGCUUUGGCAGUGUUCCAGAAUUUAUUUUUGCAUGCAAAAAGACUCCAAAAUCAAACAUGUUCAGAAUAAAUUAUUGACGGAUUGCGGCAGGACUGUAUUUCGCAAUUGACUUGAACGGUGUCAUAAGCAAGACGUGCUCAUAUAAAACAAUUUUUUGACUUGGUGAGAGGGCCUUGACUGUCUUCUCUUCACUUACUGUUUCUUAGUAUGGAGAAAGCUUAUGAUAGAAACUUCUGCUUUUCAAGUAUCUGACUUCCCAUCUCCUCCAUACCUUUGUAGAUAUUGACAACGUGUGCACUUCUGGAUGUUACUCCAUCCACACUCUUGCCUAACCUCUUUCUCUGUUCUCCCUAACCCUCUCUCCAGGUUCUCCCCAGUCCCUCUCCAUCUCUGUACAAGGGAACCACGCACCUGUUUGCAGAAUUCAGUCGGUUGAAGCCGGGAGACUUCCGGGUGGACGUGCCAGAGGCCAUGUCCCAGGGAGUCAAAUGUCUGAAGCCAGAGUUCAUCGCAGAUUACCUCAUGCAGGUUGGUGAGACUGUAACUAAAGCACAUAACUGCCUCACAAAGUGACAUAUGCUGAAGGGAAUAUGUGUCUGACUACUUUUUAAAGGCAGUUUACAGUGCCUUCAGAAAGUAUUCCCACCCCUUGACUUUUAACACAUUUUGUUGUUACAGCCGGAAUGUUAAAAUGGAUUCAAUUGAGAUUUUUUGUCACUGGCCUACACACAAUACCCCAUAAUGUUAAAGUGGAAUUAUGUUUUUAGAAAUGUAUUAAAAAUGAAAAGCUGAAAUGUCUUGCUUUAAUAAGUAUUCAACCUCUUUGUUAUGGCAAGCCUAAAUAAUUUCAGGAGUAAAAAUGUGGUUAACAACUACCAUAAUAAGUUGCAUGGACUCGCUCUGUGUGCAAUAAUAGUGUUUAACAUGAUUUUUGAAUGACUACCUCAUCUCUGUACCCCACACAUACAGUGCAUUUGGAAAGUAUUGACUUUCUCCACAUUUUAUGUUACAGCCUUAUUCUAAAAUGGAUUUUUGUUCUUUUUUUCUCAUCAAUCUACACACACUACCCCAUAAUGACAAAGCAAAAACAGGUUUUUAGACAUUUCUGCUAAUUUAUAAAAAAAAGUAUAACUGAAAUCACAUUUUACGUAAUUAUUCAGACCCUUUGCUCAGUACUUUGUUGAAGCGCCUUUGGCAGCGAUUACAGCCUUGAGUCUUCUUGGGUAUGACGCUACAUACUUGGCACACCUGUAUUUGGGGAGUUUCUCCCAUUCUUCUCUGCAGAUCCUCUCAAACUCUGUCAGGUUGGAUGGGGUGUGUCGCUGCACAGCUAUUUUCAGGUCUCCAGAGAUGUUUGUUCAAGUCCGGGCUCUGGCUGGGCUACUCAAGGACAUUGAGACUUGUCCCGAAACCACUCCUGCGUUGUCUUGGCUGUGUGAUUGGGGUCAUUGUCCUGUUGGAAGUUGAAACUUCGCCCCAGUCUGAGGUCCUGAGCGCUCUGGAGCAGGUUUUCAUCAAGGAUCUCUCUGUAAUUUGCUCCGUUCAUCUUUGCCUCGAUCCUGACUAGUCUCCCACUCCAUGCUGCUGAAAAACAUCCCAACAACAUGAUGGUGCCACCACCAUGCUUCACUGUAGGGAUGGUGCCAGGUUUCCUCCAUACGUGACGCUUGGCAUUCAGGCCAAAUAGUUCAUUCUUGGUUUCAUCAGAACAGAGAAUCUUGUUUCUCAUGGUCUGAGUCCUUUAGAUGCCUUUUGGCAAGCUCCAAGCGGGCUGUCAUGUGCCUUUUACUGAGAGUGGCUUCCGUCUGGCCACUCUACCAUAACGACCUGAUUGGUGGAGUGCUGCAGAGAUUGAUGUCCUUCUGGAAGGUUCUCCCAUCUCCACAGAAGAACUCUGGAGUUCUGUCAGAGUGACCAUCGGGUUCUUGGUCACCUCCCUGACCAAGGCCCUUCUCCCCCAACUGCUCAGUUUGGCCAGCUCUAGGAAGAGUCUUGGUGGCCAUUGUGUUCUUGGGGACCUUCAAUGCUGCAGACAUUUUUUGGGACCCUUCCCCAGAUCUGUGCCUCGACACAAUCCUGUCUCGGAGCUCUACGGACAAUUCCUUCAACCUCAUGGCUUGUUUUUUGCUCUGACAUGCACUGUCAAGUGGUGGACCAGUAUUUAGUCAGCCACCAAUUGUGCAAGUUCUCCCACUUAAAAAGAUGAGAGAGGCCUGUAAUUUUCAUCAUAGGUACACGUCAACUAUGACAGACAAAAUGAGGAAAAAAAUUCCAGAAAAUCACAUUGUAGGAUUUUUUAUGAACGUAUUUGCAAAUUAUGGUGGAAAAUAAGUAUUUGGUCAAUAACAAAAGUUUCUCAAUACUUUGUUAUAUACCCUUUGUUGGCAAUGACACAGGUCAAACGUUUUCUGUAAGUCUUCACAAGGUUUUCACACACUGUUGCUGGUAUUUUGGCCCAUUCCUCCAUGCAGAUCUCCUCUAGAGCAGUGAUGUUUUGGGGCUGUCGCUGGGCAACACAGACUUUCAACUCCCUCCAAAGAUUUUCUAUGGGGUUGAGAUCUGGAGACUGGCUAGGCCACUCCAGGACCUUGAAAUGCUUCUUACGAAGCCACUCCUUCGUUGCCCGGGCGGUGUGUUUGGGAUCAUUGUCAUGCUGAAAGACCCAGCCACGUUUCAUCUUCAAUGCCCUUGCUGAUGGAAGGAGGUUUUCACUCAAAAUCUCACGAUACAUGGCCCCAUUCAUUCUUUCCUUUACACGGAUCAGUCGUCCUGGUCCCUUUGCAGAAGAACAGCCCCAAAGCAUGAUGUUUCCACCCCCAUGCUUCACAGUAGGUAUGGUGUUCUUUGGAUGCAACUCAGCAUUCUUUGUCCUCCAAACACGACGAGUUGAGUUUUUACCAAAAAGUUCUAUUUUGGUUUCAUCUGACCAUAUGACAUUCUCCCAAUCCUCUUCUGGAUCAUCCAAAUGCACUCUAGCAAACUUCAGACGGGCCUGGACAUGUACUGGCUUAAGCAGGGGGACACGUCUGGCACUGCAGGAUUUGAGUCCCUGGCGGCGUAGUGUGUUACUGAUGGUAGGCUUUGUUACUUUGGUCCCAGCUCUCUGCAGGUCAUUCACUAGGUCCCCCCAUGUGGUUCUGGGAUUUUUGCUCACCGUUCUUGUGAUCAUUUUGACCCCACGGGGUGAGAUCUUGCGUGGAGCCCCAGAUCGAGGGAGAUUAUCAGUGGCCUUGUAUGUCUUCCAUUUCCUAAUAAUUGCUCCCACAGUUGAUUUCUUCAAACCAAGCUGCUUACCUAUUGCAUAUUCAGUCUUCCCAGCCUGGUGCAGAUCUACAAUUUAGUUUCUGGUGUCAUUUGACAGCUCUUUGGUCUUGGCCAUUAGUGGAGUUUGGAGUGUGACUGUUUGAGGUUGUGGACAGGUGUCUUUUAUACUGAUAACAAGUUCAAACAGGUGCCAUUAAUACAGGUAAUGAGUGGAGGACAGAGGAGCCUCUUAAAGAAGAAGUUACAGGUCUGUGAGAGCCAGAAAUCUUGCUUGUUUGUAGGUGACCAAAUACUUAUUUUCCACCAUAAUUUGCAAAUAAAUUCAUUACAAAUCCUACAAUGUGAUUUUCUGGAGAGAAAAAAAGUCUGAAUUUGUCUGUCAUAGUUGACGUGUACCUAUGAUGAAGAUUACAGGCCUCUCUCAUCUUUUUAAGUGGGAGAACAUGCACAAUUGGUGGCUGACUAAAUACUUUUUUCCCCCACUGAAUAGACAGGUGUAUGCCUUUCCAAAUCAUGUCCAAUCAAUUGAAUUUACCACAUGUGGACUCCAAUCAAGUUGUAGAAACAUUUCAAGGAUGAUCAAUGGCAACAGGAUGAACCUGAGCUAAAUUUCAAGUAUCAGCAAAGGGUCUGAAUACUUAUGUAAAGGUAUUUGUUUUUUAUUUUUAAUAAUUUAGCAAAACUUUCUAAAAACCUGUUUUCGCUUUGUCGUUAUGGGGUAUUGUGUGUAGAUUGAUGAGGAAAACCUUUUAUUUAAUCCAUUUUAGAAUAAGGCUGUAAUGUAAUAAAUGUGGAAUAAGUCAAGGGGUCUGAAUACUUAAUGAAUGCACUGUACAAUUUUCUGUAAGGUCCCUCAGUCGAGCAGUGAAUUUCAAACACCGAUUCAACCACAACGACCUAUUGGUAGAUGGGUACAACAUUUAAAAAGCAGACAUUGAAUAUCCCUUUGAGCAUGUUGAAGUUAUUAAUUACACUUUGGCUGGUGUAUCAAUACACCCAGUCACUACAAAGAUACAGGCGCACUUCCUCAUUGGACAGCGAGGAAGGAAACCGCUCAGGGAUGUCAUCAGGGAUUUCACCAUGAGGCCAAUGGUGACUUUAAAACAGUUAGUGUUUAUUGGCUGUGAUAGGAGAGAACUGAGGAUGGAUCAACAAUAUUGUAGUUAAUCCACAAUACUAACCUAAAUGACAGAGUGAAAAGGAAGCCUGUACAGAAUACAAAAUAUUCCAAAACAUGCAUCCUGUUUGCAUUAAUGCACUAAAGUAAAACUGCAAAAAUCGUGACAAAGAAAUUAACUUUCUGUCCGGAAUACAAAGUGUUAUGUUUGGGGCAAAUCCAACACGUUUAUAUUUUCAAGCAUGGUGGUGGCUGCAUCAUGUUAUGGAUAUGCUUGUCACCGGCAAGGACUACAGAGUUUUUUUAGGAUAAAAAGAAAACUGAAUAGAGCUAAGCACAAGCAAAAUCCUAAAGGAAAGCCUGGUUCAGUCUGCUUUCCAACAGUCACUGGGAGACAAAUUCACCUUUCAGCAGGACAAUAACCUAAAACACAAGGCCAAAUGUAAACUGGAGUUGCUUACCAAGACGACAUUGAAUGUUCCUGAGUGGCCUAGUUAGUUUUGACUUAAAUCUGCUUGAAAAUCUAUGGCAAGACUUGAAAAUGUCUGUCUAGUAUUGAUCAACAACCAACUUGACAGAGCUUGAAGAAUUUUAAAAAGAGUAAUGUAUUGUACAAUCCAGGUGUUGCAAAGCUCUUAGAGACGUACCCAGAAAGACUAAAAGCUGUAAUAGCUGCCAAAGGUGACUCUAACAUGUAUUGACUCGGGUGUGAAUACUUAUUUAAGUGAGACAUUUCUGUAUUUCAUUUUCAAUAAAUGUGCCAACAUUUCUAAAAACUUUGUCAUUAUGGGGUAUUGUAUGUAGAUUGGUGAGUGGGGAAAACAAUUUCAUACAUUUGGAAUUUAGGAUGUAACACAACAAUUGUGGAAUAAGUCAAGGGGUAUGAAUACUUUAUGAAGUAUUCAUACCCCUUGGGUAAUUCUCACAAAACUGACCUUUUACCAAUUUAUAAUUUUUCACGAAAUGUCCUCUUUGUUCACUGAAAUUAGCAUCUGUACUUAUCUAUUUCAUAAUUAUGUUUUUGGAUCAGAUUAUGCAUUUUACCACAAUUCUCACAAAAUUCUCUUUACUGCAAGUAAAAGUCCCAAAAAGUAAAAAACGAAUCAAUUUCUAUUAAUUUUUUUACAUUGCUCUCCUAAUGAAAAGACCUGAGCUAAACAUGACAUUGAAAAUAAAAAUAUUAAUUUCAGUUAUAAAAUUAAAUCGCACUUUAAUAUUUGUAGCUUUUUAGCGGGUUCAGUAAUGAGAAGGCCAAGUGGGGUAAAGGGGGUGUUUGAGAAUAAGAACCUCAUUCUGAAGGCAUUUAAGCAAAUAAUUUUACUUGUGGCUCAUCUAAGGACUACUCAUCUAGAUCAGUGGUUUUCAACUGGUUUUGCCUCGGGACCCAAAUUGAACCUGGUUGUCUCAGUCGCGACCCAAUAUUCACAUCGUGAAAAUACCAUUUGGUAAACUAUUUUUAAUGCUAUAUUAAAUGUAGCAAGUUAAAUGACAAGGGAAGAACAUUCCCACGUCUUUCAUUGUCAAUAAUUAAAUGUUGCCCAUAUUCUUGAUGAAGAAUGUUAGUAAACUCACUGGUUUGAGACUACAAAGUCAACCAAAAUGGCGCUUCUAGUAGCUCUAUAUUAAAAAUACUGUUUUUUUUAAUGUAAGUUCAUUAUCAUUUCUAAACACUUUCUACCUGGUUUAAGUUCAGACUGGAGUAUAUAUUUUCAUUUACUCAGACACCCGCAACCCAUUCAAAACCUCCCGGGUCGCGACCUACCAGCUGCUCUAGAUGCAUCAUGGGUGAAUAAAACUUUAUUUAAAAACUGAUUGGAGUUUUACAGGAACUUUUAAAAAGUGUUUUGUUAAUGAGACAUGUCCACAGACAGUGUUUGUACAUAAUAAAUAUAGUUGAAUGUUGACUUAAACUAGUAACAGUAGCUAACGUAAUACUUCCAGGUCAACUGUAAUAUGAAUACCAUUGUAAAGCAGAAUUUCUCCCCUUUCCAGCAAAGUCAAUGAUGAGAUCUUCAUGCUGCCCGUCUCUGCAUGAUUGUAGAAAGCAAUGGAACUCCGCCGGGUCUUUUUAAAAAUGGCGGGUGGUGAAGUGAAAGGGGGAGAUAUGAAUACAAUUUUUUUAUGAUUUAUGGACAAACUACAGCAACAUUUUUGUUUUAUUCAAAUAAGUUAGGUUUUUCUAAAGUAAAAUGGUAUAAACUGACCCGAGAAUUUAAUCUGGACGCAUUUCGGUAAUGAGAAUUUGGGGUGAAACUGUACAAAAUUCUGGCAACAAUUUAAACAUUGUUUAAAAUAAGACGCUUUGCCAAAAACAAGACAUCUUAGGCCUCAGAAUGAUAGUUGAUUUUUGCAAUUGCAUCAUGGUUCUGUAACCAAUUUGCUACAGACAUGUUUAAAACUGGUUUCAUGAGUAUCACCCAUAAGUAAUUUUGGGAAGGUCUAACGCGCGUGUCAAACUCAUUCCACGGAGGGCCGAGUGUCUGCGGGUUUUCGCUCCUCCCUUGUACUUGAUUGAUGAAUUAAGGUCACUGAUUAGUAAGGAAGUCCCCACACCUGGUUGUCUGUCUUAAUUGAAAGGAAAAACUAAAAACCGCAGGCAUUAGUCCUCCAUGGAAUGAGUUUGACACCCCUGGUCUAAAGUGAAACCAGUUGGUUAAUAUUUGAUCCAUAAAAUGGUAAGGUGCCUUCAUUUAACCAUACUAUGUGAUCAACCUUCUCUAUAAUACCCACCCUGGCCAGUUAAAGGUUCCCCAUGUAACGUUUCCACCUGCAACUAGCGCCCAAAUGCCAAUUACAGUGAGGGGAAAAAAGUAUUUGAUCCCCUGCUGAUUUUCUACGUUUGCCCACUGACAAAGAAAUGAUCAGUCUAUAAUUUUAAUGGUAGGUAUAUUUGAACAUUGAGAGACAGAAUCACAACAAAAAAAUCCUGAAAAACGCAUGUCAAAAAUGUUAUAAAUUGAUUUGCAAUUUAAUGAGGGAAAUAAGUAUUUGAUCCCCUCUCAAUCAGAAACAUUUCUGGCUCCCAGGUGUCUUUUAUACAGGUAACGAGCUGAGAUUAGGAGCACACUCUUAAAGGGAGUGCUCCUAAUCUCAGCUUGUUACCUGUAUAAAAGACACCUGUCCACAGAAGCAAUCAAUCAAUCAGAUUCCAAACUCUCCACCAUGGCCAAGACCAAAGAGCUCUCCAAGGAUGUCAGGGACAAGAUUGUAGACCUACACAAGGCUGGAAUGGGCUACAAGACCAUCGCCAAGCAGCUUGGUGAGAAGGUGACAACAGUUGGUGCGAUUAUUCGCAAAUGGAAGAAACACAAAAUAACUGUCAAUCUCCCUCGGCCUGGGCUCCAUGCAAGAUCUCACCUCGUGGAGUUGCAAUGAUCAUGAGAACGGUGAGGAAUCAGCCCAGAACUACACGGGAGGAUCUUGUCAAUGAUCUCAAGGCAGCUGGGACCAUAGUCACCAAGCAAACAAUUGGUAACACACUACGCCGUGAAGGACUGAAAUCCUGCAGCACCCGCAAGGUCCCCCUGCUCAAGAAAGCACAUAUACAUGCCCGUCUGAAGUUUGCCAAUGAACAUCUGAAUGAUUCAGAGGAGAACUGGGUGAAAGUGUUGUGGUCAGAUGAGACCAAAAUCGAGCUCUUUUGGCAUCAACUCAACUCGCCAUGUUUGGAGGAGGAAUGCUGCCUAUACCCCCAAGAACACCAUCCCCACCGUCAAACAUGGAGGUGGAAACAUUAUGCUUUGGGGGUGUUUUUCUGCUAAGGGGACAGGACAACUUCACCGCAUCAAAGGGACGAUGGAUGGGGCCAUGUACCGUCAAAUCUUGGGUGAAAACCACCUUCCCUCAGCCAGGGCAUUGAAAAUGGGUCAUGGAUGGGUAUUCCAGCAUGACAAUGACCCAAAACACACGGCCAAGGCAACAAAGGAGUGGCUCGAGAAGAAGCACAUGAAGGUCCUGGAGUGGCCUAGCCAGUCUCCAGACCUUUAAUCCCAUAGAAAAUCUGUGGGGGGAGCUGAAUGUUCGAGUUGCCAAACGUCAGCCUCGAAACCUUAAUGACUUGGAGAAGAUCUGCAAAGAGGAGUGGGACAAAAUCCCUCCUGAGAUGUGUGCAAACCUUGUGGCCAACUACAAGAAACGUCUGACCUCUGUGAUUGCCAACAAGGGUUUUGCAGUCAUGUUUUGCAGAUGGGUCAAAUACUUAUUUCCCUCAUUAAAAUGCAAAUCAAUUUAUAACAUUUUUGACAUGCGUUUUUCUGGAUUUUGUUGUUGUUAUUCUGUCUCUCACUGUUCAAAUAAACCUACCAUUAAAAUUAUAGACUGAUCAUGUCUUUGUCAGUGGGCAAACGUACAAUAUCAGCAGGGGAUCAAAUACUUUUUUCCCUCACUGUACAUACCAGUAGUAGCAAAGAAAUAGAAAUCCACCAGAGUAAAACAUUUUUAGAAAGGUGCGUGACACUGCAAAUUAGCUUUUUUUCCAUGACUAGCCGGUCCGGUUGGUGUGUGUGUGUGUGUGUGUACAAGUUCUUCACAUCCUUGCAACUUAUGUUUUUUUAGUGGAUUAUGAUAAAGUAAGAAGCAGUACCAAGCCAUUUUAGGCGUUUCUAAGCAGUGUCCUUGUAAAACCAUGAAGGAAUCUAAAUUACGGCUAAAAUAUUACAUGUUGCUCCACUAACAAAAUCAAGACUGAUACUAAACCUCUCAUAAAAGUCUGUAUUUUUGUCCAGGAGCCGUCUACACCAAUAGAGAUGUACUAUCUGCCUCAAGCGGCCCAGUGUCUGCCAGCGGGCACAGACGCCAGCCGCGCCACCCCCACCCACAAGCGCAAAGUAUCAGGAUAUUCCUCCAAGCUCAAGAAGACACGCCUCAAGUGAAAACAUCGGCAUUUAGAGCUGUGGUGUCAACAAGUAAAUUCCAUCAUUUUAGAAACGCCCUUGCAAGCCAUAAUGAUAGUAUGUCUGUAAAUAAGAUUUUUUUUUAAUUAGUUGUAUGAAAAUAAAAUGAAUGUGAC